UCACGUAGUAGCUGUCUCGAGUCCGCUAUGUAUCUCGUUGAAUCGAGCUGACCCCUCGAUAAAUGACCAACCGCUGUCUCUAGUGCGCGUGUAACGAUCACAUCCACUGAGGUCUCUUGAGGCUUAGCAAAAAAUUGAAUAGUGCCUGCAACACGAAGCUGCAGUAGCUGAGGCAGGGAAAAGAUCGAAACGGUUCAGUGUACCCAUCUCGGUGUUAAAGUUGACCCAUUCGCUGAAUGGUGCCGCGUACCGACCAAGAGCUCUGUGAAGUAAAGCUGAGAUAGAGUGAAUCAAUCUAUUAGUCUUCGAGAGACGGUUAAUUGUGACUAAUUACUUGAAAUGGUUUUGGAUUCGUGGCGCCGUCCAUCAGGAGGCAAUAUGACAUGGUUCAAUAUGAAACAUUACCUUCUGUUAUCAUUUCUUACAUUUAAAUUUCUGGACUGGAGUCGCGCUACCUCGUUGCCGCUUUGGGAUCUUUUGUCAUAUAUCUUGGUAUUGGGAGCGAGCUACUGGCUGGGAUUCGUAACGUAUCGAUACUUGAAGCGAUAUAAUCUCGCUUUUCAAGUCGCUAGUUAUAAGAAGGCCAUAGUAAUUACUGGUUGUGACACAGGAUUUGGAAAUAUGCUCGCCCGCAGAUUGGCACCCCGUGGCUUUCAGGUUUUGGCGGGCUGUCUGAAUCCUUCAGCUCCCGAAGCAACAAUACUAGAGACGGUGCCCAAUGUCAGCGUUUUUCCUCUUGACGUCACAAGUGAGGGAAGCCUUCGUGAGGCUUUAGACAUCGUUUCUACGAAGCUCAAGGAAUCUGGACACGAUUUGUGGUGUGUAGUUUGCAAUGCCGGCAUCUGUGAAGUCGGCGAACUUGAAUGGCAGAGUAUAAUGUCCAUCGAGCGAACUCUUGACGUCAACGUCAUGGGCUCUAUUCGAACUAUCCGGACAUUUUUGCCGACUCUUCGAGCCUCAAAGGGACGAAUUGUUCUUUGUGCUAGUGUUCUGAGCAACAUUUCCAGCCCUGGAUUCGUUGCGUACUCAAUGAGCAAAGCGGCGAUAGCUUCUCUGGGAGAGGGACUCAAACGUGAACUGCAGGAUUGGGAUGUUAACGUUUGUACAGUUCAACCCGCGCUGUACAAAACCGGGCUUCUCCGUUUCGACCAAGUGAAGAACGACUUCUUCAGUGCCCAAUUGAACAUGCUUUCCGAACAUGUUCGUAGUGACUACGGACACGAGUACUUCAUUGCCUUCUGGAACACAAUUGCCAAGUUCUUCGAGAAGCACGCCAACCCAUAUCCCGAACAGGCAGUCGAUGUCCUGUACCAUGCAAUUACGACGGUAUGGCCAGAAACUCACUAUAGAGCUGGCAGCUGGAAACAGCUAAUUCUCUACAACCUGCUAGAUUACCUGCCUACGGAGGUGGUUGAUCUGAUGUUUGAUAAGAUCAUGAAGCCUCCUGUAUUGCCAAAUGCUGUAAUGAAAAGCUAAUCGUAAACGCAGAUGCGGUCAGUUGAAUUUCAUUUUCGUCAAAUGGAUCACCAUUAUAAAUUGCGGAUGUCCACUACUAUACUUAGAGAGAAUUGCCGCGCACAAGCUAAACGUACUAUCAUGGCGUUUGUAUCGUGCGCUAUAAAAUUUACAAGCAAACAAUCUGAUAACAGAAGCGUUUCAGCAAAUAUUGUUGGUAAGACGUUGCCGGGCCGGUGCGGAUCGCUGCGUUACUGAACACCGC